CACAGAGAGGGUCAAUGACCUCUGGGGUCACACGGCCUGGCAGAGUGCAGGUUUGCCCGGGCAGGCGGCCCCGAGAGCCUCCCCCCACCCAUUUCCUGGCCGCCUGUGCAAUCGCGAUCGUGGCCAAUGGCCGAGGCGGGCGGUCACCGGGCUCCCAGAAGCACCGGCUCCGGCGGAGGUGGGGCCUCCGACCACAGGCUGCAGCCGGGCCCCCUUCCCGGCUGUUGGGCGAGGGUGGGGCCGCGUCCGGCAGAGUCCUCCAGGGAGCCGCCAGCCCGACAGCCAUGGGGUGUGGGCCGGGGGGCCAGGGCCGCCUGCUGCUGACCAUGGCCACUGUCCUGACGCUGCUCACGAGGCCCCCAGGCUCCUGGGGUGCCCGGAUCAUCGGCGGCCACCAGGUGACCCCCCACUCCCGGCCGUACAUGGCGUCCGUGCGCUUCAAGGGCGAGCACUUCUGCGGGGGCUUCCUGCUCCGCGCCCGCUGGGUGGUCUCGGCCGCCCACUGCUUCAGGGACAGAGACCCCCGCGCGGACCUGGUGGUGCUGGGGGCGCACGCCCUGCGCGUCGCGGAGCCCACGCAGCAGGUGCUGGGCGUCUCGGCCGUCGUCAGUCACCCCGACUACCAGCCCGCGACCCACGCCAACGACAUCUGCCUGCUGCGGCUGAACAGCUCUGCCGUCCUGGGUCCUGCCGUGGGGCUGCUGAAGCUGCCGCGAAGCGGCGCCAGGCCACCCAGGGCCGGGACGCUGUGCCGUGUGGCUGGCUGGGGCUCUGUGUCCGACUUCGAAGACCAGCCCCCUGGGCUGAUGGAGGCCGAGGUCCGCGUGCUGGGUCUGGAUGCCUGCAACCGCUCCUGGACGGGCCGGCUGAAGCCGGCCAUGCUCUGCACCCACAGUGAGGACAGCCAGAGGCGCGGCUUCUGCUCGGCGGACUCCGGGGGGCCCCUGGUGUGCCGGAACCGGGCCCACGGCCUCGUCUCCUUCUCGGGCCUCUGGUGCGGCGACCCCAAGACCCCCGACGUGUACACGCAGGUGUCCGCCUUCGUGAGUUGGAUCUGGGACGUGGUUCGGCAGCGCCCACAUGGCCCCUGGCCCAGCCCCCCUGGGGUCCCCGCAGGAGCUGCCUGAACCACGCCGGAUACACAUGGGGGACAGAGAACGAUGCAGAUCGGCUUGACCCUGGAAAGUUCUGCGGCCCACGCAGGGACGCCACGGGGCCCGCAAACCCCGGAGGCCUGGUGUGUGUGGGGUGGGGGGACAUCACUUCCAAACAGAAAGGGACAAAAGAACCUAAUAAAAUGUUAACUGACUAGCCA